AUGCUCCCUUACUGCACCAUUGCCUAUAAUACAACGGCGCAUGAGGCCACUGGGGAUUCUCCGUUCUUUCUUAUGCAUGGUUUUGAUGCAAAUAUGCCAUGGGAUUCCAUGCCAGAACGAGCAAACACCCCGUACAUGGUAGACAUGGACGAUUAUAUCCAUGAGCUAGACCCGCUUUGUUUACCCUUUGAUCAACUCCGGAAGUUGCCAGUAGGCAUAGAUAAUGAGCCGGUAGUUACAAGUAGGCGUAGAGCUAGGAAGGGUAGACCAAAAACGGCGAGUUCGCAGUUGGUCGAUGUUGGAGAUCCACGUUUCGAUCCGUUGCAUCUGCUUCAUCCAUGUCAAUGUGGAAUGUUCAACACACGGGCUCAAGUGGGCUUGCCUGGAUUACGUUGUGAUCUAGCUCGUUCUAAACCUGUGAAAAAUUUGUAUGAAUUAGCAAAUGUAGCCUCCAUUGCAUUGCACCCUCACUGGGGAGAUGACCGCAAGGAAACCGAACUCCUCAAUAAGGAUUCGCGUUAUCUCACGAUACAUGGGCUUGCUACAGCGAUUCAAGCUCACGCCAAAUUCUGCUACAAAUUUGCUUCUGCGGUGAAAGAAAAGGAAGGCGUCGAGCUGUCGCAUCCACCACUGUUCACGACCAAUCCAGGAUAUGACAUCGAGAUGUACUAUCGAAUGGCCAUGGCUCGAAGAGCGCAAAUCACUUCUCAGUCGCCGGAUGAUAUGCCAGGAAACCCCAUCUUGAUGGCUCUUCCGCGUCACUUCGGCAGGGUUCUUACUGAGAUCGUAGAGCCGCCGACAGUGAAGUUCAUUGUCUACUCACAUUUCGGUGAUCUCGCGGAGCAGUUGCAGAAGCAAAGCAUAUCUUCAGCAUUCAUAUGGAUCUGGCCAAACGAAGUGCCCAACACCCAGCACAUGCUCCUCGUACAGCAUGCAGUGGAAAGACAUCUUCAAUGUGGAGGUACUAUGGAAUUGUUCCCUCCACCCUUUGAACUCAGCCGCGAAGAUGACUGGAGGCACAUCGGCACCGUCUGUCGCAUGAUGGCAGAAUUCCUUUCUGGGCCCGCGAGGGGGUUCGAUGCGCGCAUCGUGGACUACUACAGCGGCAUCAGGGACGAAGUCCUCCAUGAAGCACCCAGCGAUAAGCCUCGGCGUAUGCCCAAGGAAAGGAGAAGACCGACUUAUGGCUUGGCAGUCGCAACACAUCAAGCCCUCAACUGGGUACUGCGUACUUCCGACGUUCGAAGUACAAGCAAAGGCAGAGAUCGAGUAGACCGCCACCGUCACCACCAGCUUCCAGCGCAGUGCACUUUCUUUUCACCUGUGUCGAAAGUCAGAAGGUAA